GUAUAACUCCCACAAAGAUUGUCGGUGACACUUUGAUUUUACAAAAUUCGUUUCGUUGAGUAACCUGUCUUUAUCAACUUAUCACUAAUUGUGUUUAAACAUAUUUAUUAUCAGAAGCAUUGGGUUAAUUUACGUUAAAAAUCAACAAAUAAUAAAUAAAAAAUAUAAAUUCUUUAGAGAAAAAAUUCUUAUCAAAAAAUUGUUUUUAUUUUAUUUCAUUAUCAACAGAAAUGCCGUUGAGAAACUGAUAGGAUAACAUUUUUGUAAUACGAUUUUAAAAUUAAACCUUAGUUAUCUUGUACAUUUAAGCCUCAUUAAUUUUGGAAAUGAAUCAAAACGGUUUUAGUACUGGUGAAGAAGAUUCACGAGGUCCUAAUGAUAAAUUUUGUUGUUUACAAGAAGAUGGUUUCAGAUGCCAACGACAAGCUGGAAAUGCUUCUUACAGUAAAAAAAUACGAAAUACUGUUAGGCAACUUAAAUUACAUUUGGAUGCAGUAGCCAGACAUAUCUAUAUUUGUGAUUAUCAUAAAAACAUGAUUCAAAGUGCUAGAUCAUUAAAACCUUCUAAUCAAGAUGAUGCACCUGAAGUUGAUUUUUCACAACUGCAAAUGAAUACUUUAAGAAGAUAUAAAAAACAUUUUAAAGUAGUAACUAAACCUAGUCUUAACAAAGCUCAAAUGGCAGAGGCUCUUCUAAAUCACUUCAAAACAAUAUCAGUGAAUGAAAAAGAAGCUCUCACAUUCUUUAUUUAUACAAUAAAGACUAAUGGUAACAAGUUGGAUCAAAAAAAUUCAAGCAACAAUUUGGAUAGCAUAUAAUUAUGUGUAUAAUGAAUAUUAAAUUAUCUGUAGUUAUUUUUCUAUAAUCUAAUAAAAAUGUACAGUAUAAUUUAUUUAUAAAGAGAUAGCUGUUUUUUUUAUAAAUCUUGACAUUUAAAAAAAUAUUUGAUGUAAUUAUAUUUUGUAUGAUAAUAAUGAUAAGUGAUAAGUUUUCCAUCUACUAAUGUAAUACCUUAUGAUUUAGUAGUCAAAACUUAUUCAAAGAAACAUUUACCUGACUUUAUUUAUUAUCCUUUUAUAAAAAUUUAAAUUCAGUAAAUUUUUUUUUUUUAAUGUAAGUUGAAAGUAUUAGUAAUUAGAGUAAAUAUAGGACAUUUUUUAAAUUUUCACAUAUUUAUAAAUAUUAAAAUAAUUCAUUCUAGCCAAUGAUAAAAGGAAAUCUUAAAAAAAAAUUGAGGUAUUACAUUAACAGAGGAAAUCUAAUGUUAUUUCUAAAACUAGUUUUAUCAUAUAAUUAAUUUAUUGAUGUGUUGUAAAAGUAUUAUGACUAAAUUAAAUCUUUUUUGAUGUUUUUUUAUGUUGGAUACUUAAUAUUUUUCCUGUAUACCACCAAAAAUAUAAUUAAAAUUAAGUAUUAUAAAAUAAAACUUUGAAAAUAAAUUAUGUCUAUGUCGAAA